AUGGCAGCUGACGAUUCUGCGAAGGACAAGUUCUUCGGGCUCGCCAUGGAAAAUAUACAUGUCCUCUUUGCGCACAAGGAGACCCACAUACUUCGCAUUGAGGAAUUGACGCCCGAGCUCCAUGAUCCCAGGAGAGCGGGCGGACUGGGGGACCAACCAGUCGAGAUUUUCGAUCACCGCACUGCUUCAGUGCGGGAGGUGAGACUCGACGAAUUGAAAAUGAACAGCACUCCUUUCAUGAAUCGCGGGUGGCCAGUCGCGGAGUUGCAUUGGUCCAUUGCAAAGCCGGCGAAGCAACACCUGGCAAUACCCUUCAAUGAUCGCUUCAAGCAGUAUGCGCCAAUGGAACCAGGUGAGUUUCAGGCAAACCUGCUAGAAGGUAAGCCACCUCUUGUAUUCACGCAUCGAUCUGAUUAUGAUCCGAUUAGACACAUCCAAGAAAAGGUGUUUUUUGAGAUCGUUGUCAAGAGCAGGGAGCUGAGCCUCACGCGUUUGCCAGCAGCCGAAGUGGGAGUGCUUUCCCGUUCGCUGCCACACUUCAGCAGCCUGGAAGUGCUGGACUUGGACCAGUCCCAGCUGGCCGGGGAGGACGCGCAGGCCUGCGCUCGCGCGCUCCCGUAUUCGCAGCUGAAAGACGUCAAGCUGACACGGAGCAUGUUGGGGGAUGCCGAGGUAGAGGCACUUGCAGACGGCUUGCGCGGGCAUUCGGCUCUCCGGGAGCUUUGGCUGUCCUCCAACCGGUUCGGAGACCGCGGGUUGCAGGCGCUGGCUUCUGGGCUUCAUAGCCACAAAAGCCUCCGCAGCCUGGACUUGUCCCAGAAUACGUUUGGUGACAUCGGGAGCGAGGCCUUGGGUGAAGUGCUGAGGGACAUGUUCUUCCUCGAGGACCUCCGGCUGAUCGGAAACAACGUGAGUGACCGUGGUGUGGAGGCACUUGCAGAUGGCUUGCGUGGGCAUUCGGCUCUCCGGGAGCUGUGGCUGUCCUCCAACCGGUUCGGAGACCACGGGUUGCAGGCUCUUGCCAGUGCCCUCCGAUUCCAUGUGCAGCUGGAGGUGCUCAACCUAUCGGAUAAUGAAAUCGGUGACCCCGGUGCAGAGGCGCUUGUGGAUACAUUGCAGUACUUGUCCAACUUCGAGGAGUUGCUCCUCUCCGGAAACCGCAUCACCGAGACCAUGAUCCAG